UGGCGAGUGGAAGCUGGUGACACGAUGGCAGGCGAUGUGCUGCUGCGGCAUUCUUUGGAUCUCUCCGGCAACGCUGCCAUUGAGCCUAGAUUCCAGGAUUUCCUGGCCGGGCUCGCGGCAGCUCAGGAAUCGGCUCCAUGGAGCUGCCAGGGGGAAAUUCGCAGGACGGCUCCUCCGGAUCGCAGCGCAGCUCCAGCGAUCCCACUGCGCGAUCGUCGGAUCGCGGCGGCGGUAGCUCAGCGUCUGGAUCGGGGGAUUCUUACCACUAUCAGCCGGCGGCAUCGGGUUCAUCGGGCUCCCAGCCAGCGGGAGCAUCGAAUUCCGGCUCUGGAUCGCGCUCUGGAUCUUACGGGCCAGCCGAGAACUCUGGAUCAGGCUCUGGAUUGGGGUAUUACCAAGACGCGCAGCUCUCUGGCUCUGGAUCAGGGUCUGGUGGAGCUGGCUCUGGGUCAGGGUCUGGUGGAGCUGGCUCGGGGUCUGGUGGAUACUACCAAGGAGUCGACCAUUCUGGCUCUGGAUCUGGCUCGUCUGGUCGAUAUUAUCAGCCAGCGGAGGGAUCCUCCUCUCCGUCUGGAUCUCACCAGGCAGUAGAUGCUGGAUCUUAUGGCUCUGGAUCGCAUCGACCGGGAGGCUCUAGCUCGGAGCAUCACAGCAGCUCCGAGACCAAGCAGACGAGCUCGUCAAGGACAGGGAGCUCGUCUGUGACUUGGCACGAGACUGUGGAUGCUCCAAAGCUUUCGGAGGAGGACGAAGCCAGCCGGAGGAGCUCGUCCCUCUUUGGCGAGGAGAUCUCCAAGUCGACGACGGAUUCCAACCGCAGCUCCCUCCGGCGUUUCAAAGAGGGCAGCAAGAUGUUUGCCGGUUUCAUCGAGGACGCUGAUGGGCUCCAGCCCAGCGAUGAUAUGCUGCCUCCCAUGACCUGGGAGGAGAAGUGCGAGAUCAUCGAGGAGCUUUGCCUGGCUCUGGAGAAGCGGCUCGACAGGCUCAAGAACGACAAGGAUGGUAUUUUAGAUGGCUUGAAGAACUACUUCGACGUUGCGGAGCACAAAUGUGGCAUGGCCAGGAAGGAUCGCGUGGAGAUGCAAAGGAAUGUGAUCCAGUUUGCGGAGCUUCUCAAUCCUUCGAAGAAGCCUUACUCGGAAGACAUGCUCAGGUAUCUCAAUGGACGAAUACUCGAUAAAAGGUUGCUCAAGGAGAAGCUCCAGCAAAGAAUCAAGCGACUUGAGAAGAUGGUUGCUACAGCAACGGUACAGCUCGAGUCUAAGCUUGAUGUCCGGGAGUUACUCCACGAUUCGGACUUUAAGGAGAUGAGGAAUUUGAAUGAAGACCUCGCAAACCAGCUUGAUGCGCGUGCUCGUUUGCUUGACAAAUCGCGGCAUGUGAGUAGGAAGAUAGCCCAGGCUGCUAAAGCAUUACGCGAAGAAAUGGACAGUAAAGCCGUAGCGAAAGUGUCUAUGCGGCAAAGUCUGACAGAUCGUUCACCGCUGGUUGGAAAGCUUCAAGACCUUAUAACAAGCGAAUACAAGGAAAAGGAUAGGUUGCAUCUGGAGCUUCUCGCGUUUGUCAAGGGUGAGGAUUUGAGGCCUACCGCGAUCGAGUACAUGAAGAUAAAACAGCGCUCCAAGUCUAUCCGUAGGGAGCUGUACAACUGGUUAGCAAAGGUGGAGAUCGCAGAAAUGAAGCACAACCAGCUGACCAAGAACAUUGUAAUGCUUGAAACUGAAACUACUGCCUCGAAUUCGUUUCAAGGAUGAGGAUUGGCCUCCACAAGCUUGAAGAGCUCGUCACUGAUGCCAAAGCCAAUCACUUGCAUCAUCGCGUUCGUUUUGGCUUGCGGGUUGGCGACACCCCGCGCCU